AAAAAAAUGAAACACUUUUUGAAAAUGAAUACCGUUCGACAACACUGUAAAGUAAUUGUGUAUUGUUGUUUGUUAAGUUUAUUUAUUUAAUAAUUUAUGAAUAUUAAUUAGUAGAAAUUACAAGUAAACACGCGAGUUAAAUUAAAAUGAUCCGAUGCGCAACUCUGCGCAACGCUGUCUGACGCAAAAUACUUUUAGCUUUCAGUAUGUACUUAAAUUGCAGCACUAGUAUUAAUAAAAAUGGAUAAAAACCUUCACAAGGCUAUUGUUAAUUAUUAUUUAACAUUCGAAAAAUUAUAUUAUUAUUUUAACAAUGAAAUUCGUAAGGUUAUAACUGAGCCAUUGACUUCACUUAAAAAUCAAAUGGAACAACUUCACCACGUGUCCAGCUCUAGUGUCGAUAAUGCUGAGAUCUGUGAGUUGGAAAGAGUCCGGGAAAAAUUAAUUUUCAAAAUAAACUUAGGAAUUGAAGAUGAAAUUGAACUUAUUGCUGAUGUUAUCAAUACUUUAAAUAAUUAUUACCAGGAAUUGAAAGAUAAAUUUAUUCGCUUGGAACAAGUUUACAGUAAAAUAAAUAUCAAUGAUCCAGCGAUGAUUAAUCUUGUUAAUGGUAGCAGUGAAAGACCUCCACUUAAUUUAUUAAUGGAAUGGUCAUUUGAAAGUUUUGAAUACUAUACAAAUUUAUACAAUGAAAUAAAAAAUAAUUAUAAAUUACUGAAUAGAACUGAUGAAAAAAGUAUUGAACAAUUAAUAAAUUCCUUUAACAAAACGAGCAAUGAAAAAAUUAGAAAAAUUUCAGCAUUCACGCAGUAUUUAAAUAACAAAGUGCGUUAAAAUUUUUUUAAAUUUAAAUGGAUUGAAAUAUUUUAUGUACAAUUUGUAAAAUAAUUUUUGUAAUAAAAGUAAUAUGACACUGGAAAUUUGAAAUAAUUUUUA